UGCAAAAAUAACAACAUGGCGGAUCAGGUUGAAGAAAGUAGCUCUUUUCAUGAAAUGGGUUUAGACGAUCGAUUGGUUAAGGUUAGAAAUAUUUUCGCGAUUUUAUAAGGAGCCAGUUGUAUUUAUAUCCUCACGGUUUCUUCUGUUUUGUUUUAUAAGGCGAUUGCCAAGCUAAAUUGGUCACAACCUUCACUGAUCCAGGUUAGUGCUGUUUGUAUACAAUAUGUUUAAAAUCUUCAUAAGUAACGAGCAGGCAUUUUGUCUUGUUCCAUUUUGCUUUUAUUCUUCUGGGACAAUUCUCUUAACAAUAGACUUUUAUUCUAUAGGAGAAGGCCAUCCCUUUGGCCUUGGAAGGCAAGGAUAUUUUAGCGAGAGCCAUGACCGGGUCAGGAAAAACGGCAGCGUAAGUGAAGUAGUCUGUAAUUGUGACCCUCCAUGGGAAAACGGAAACUAACGCUUUCCCGUUUAAACUGCGAAACCAUUUGCUAUCCGUUUAAAUCCGUCUAAACGGUUCAUGAAAGCGUUGAAAUGAUUUGCUCAUCCGUUUAAGAAAGUUUGCAUCCGUUUAACACUAAAGCAAAAACGUUUAAACGGUUUGCUUAUCCGUUUUAAAAGAAUUAUUUCCGUUUAACGUUCCAAGGAAAACUUUAAACUGUUUGUUUAUCAUUCUGUUACGGGCAAUUCGAAGUACCAAUCUAACGUUCGCUCGAUACUCACCGGUUCUUGAAAUGCAGAACGACCGUAUCUUACUUUGGUUUUAUCUUUUCCGGGAUUAUAGAAAGCGAGAAAUCGUUCCAUCCUUGGACAAACGAAUUAAGUUUAAAUAUCCGUUUGUACAAAUGUAGAGCAUCGACAGCCAAUGAAGCCAUUUAUUUGACUAUGAUCCUGCCAUCGAUCUUGUUUGAACAGUAUUCUUGUUUACAGAUUUAGUCAAAUCGAGAUAACCCUGUCUUGAUUCCCGUGUCGUGGUUUUGCUAAAUCGGCUACUUUCUAUCUGUUUAUAUCAUCUUGAUUCAUCUUUCUUGGUUUUAUUGACAAUUAUUUCAAGGGUCCUGCUUGGUGUGUGACACCGAUUUGACCUUUUAUUUGCAAUGGAAAUUCAUUGCAUAUUUGACCCUGAAGUGUCUCAGCUUUCGACAUUGUUGCGGCAUUGCGUGUGCAGAUGAUUUUUAGUGAAACUUGAUAACAAAAAAAUAUGACGUUCAUUUUCAAAAAUAAUAUGAAUAAACAAAGGAGGAGAUUCUGAGUUUGCCGCAGAGGCUGUUUAGGAUAUUUGCCAGUGAAACUAUUCUUGGUAAAUUGCACUUAUUUCAUGAAAGUCACAUGAAAACGGCAACAGUUUACCCAGAAAUAAAAUGCAGAAGUGUAUCCUAGUUAUUAUUUUUUAACUUAUAAUGCUCAAUGUUUUCGCUUCAAGAUAAUUAUCCGUCAUCACUCAGAAAGUUUUCCACAAAAGAUCUCACCAGCUCAACCACAACUGCUUAACUUUAAUUUUACGUUCCAGUCUCCAACAAAAUAACCAUAAUUCAAAUAUAUUCAUGAAUGAAAACAGUGCCUUUGAAUUUUCUCAAUUAAAAAUGAACCCAAUCAUACUUCUAACACUGUGUCUGAAUGCAUGCAUUGUCUGUCCAAGGCCCAACCAUGUGAUCAGGCAGAGUUGUUCAAAGGCCAGCUUGUAUGAAUGAUUAUGUUACUGGGAUGUAAACAAAAUUAAAGCUUUCUAUGUUUCUUUGUUUCUUUUAUCAAUCUAGAUAUGCAAUACCAGUUAUACAGAGAAUCCUACAAGAUAAACAGGUUUGUUGAUUUUAACAUUAAUUUACAUCUGGAUUCUCUGUUUAGUAUAAAUGAACAUCCAGGCCAGAGGUAUAAAGAAACUGUUCUCUCUGGCAGGCAAAUUCUUCAAAUAGUGGUAUAAGAUCUGUUGUACUAGUACCCACCAAAGAACUUGCAAAGCAAGCUCAUCGGAACAUUAAGGUAUGUACAUGUCAAAAAUGUUUAACAGUACCUGAGGGACUAGAAAAUUCUGGUUUUAAUAUGAUAUGUACUUCUGGCGAAUUGUAGGUUUUACUGAGAGAAUAUUAUGUUAAGAUUGAAAACAAGAUAGAGUAUUUUUAUACAAUGAAAGAUUUUUGACAAGAAUCAAAACUUCUUUAACCUAUGUUAUUUUUCUUCUCUCAUUAUAGGAAUUAUCCUGUUACUGUUCUCGUGAUAUCAAAGUUGCAGAUGUUGCACAAGGAAAUCUCAUUAGUACCAAGUGAGUAUUACCUAUAUUUUUGCAAGGAUUUGCAACAUUUAUGUCUAUCUUUUGCUUGGUAUAUUGUGCAAUCUCACUGAAAUUAAAAAAAGAGGUAAGAUUCCUAUUGGUUAAGUUAAUUUUGAUCACUGGGAGGCAAAAAGCCUUCUUACAUCAUUAUCCCUGAUUAAAGCAUUAUGGUAAGGAUAAGAAUUAGUGUGUAUAUUGCAAAGUGGCAAAGAUAAAAUAAUCUGAUUUCCACAUGAGUCUCAAUUAAAGCUGGUUAUUGUCUGUAAGACAACUUCUCACCAUCUUCUGUUUAGCCUGGAAGCAGGGUCUCUUUUUGGGGUUUCACCUUAUCACUCAGCCACCUAUUACUGCAACACCAUUGGCAACUGCUUAUGAAAAAAGUUAUUGACAUCUCUAUAUCAUUAGGAGAGCUAUAAAACCCCAACAGUCCCUGUACAGACAUGUGACUGUUCCAAAGGAUAACGUAAUAAGAUGUAGCUUGCCAACAAAGUCUUGAGUCAAAAUUACCCAAAAUGGUAUCUAACAAGAUACUAUCAAGGAAGGAUUCUAAGACUGUUAAAGAUUACUGAGAAGAACAUUUUUAACAUUGUUAGAGGGUCACUGGCCACCAAAAAAAGUUUUUUCCAGUAGUUUUAAAAUGAAACUUAUGUCUUUGUUGAUAGAUAAUUUUUACUAAAAUAUAUUGAAAAUUUAUUUGUAUUCUUAAAGGUUAUGAAGUCAGAUCAGGGUAUACUGUAGCUUUUUCGGUUUGGUAGAUAAUUUUACCAACAAAUGUUCAUUUACAAUUUGUAUUCCUGUAUGUUGUGAAGUCAGACCUAGGUAUGGUUCAGGUAGGAAGUAUUAACUUUAUGAGCAGCUGUACUUUUAUUCAGGGAGAAGAUAAUAAUUGUAUUAGUGCACAUUAUGUGAAAUUCGUUGGUUUCUCAUUUAGGUCACUUUUGAUGGAGUGUCCAGAUAUAGUGGUUGCAACACCAAGUGUGCUACUAGGUCAUGUUCAAGCCAAAGUGAGUGUAUUUAUUUAUUCAUCUAUAAUUGUUAGUAAGAGCUAGUGUUCUCCAUAAAUUUUAAGCUGCCAAUCAUAAAAAAUAACAGGCAGAGGUUAAAUUUAUUUCUGAUCAAAACAGGUUUUGACUGUGUUGUCUAUUUAAGCUGCUGGAACUUCAGUGGCAAGUGAAAAUGCUGGCUGCUAGGCUUUUUUGAGAAUACAAAUAAUAACACUUUUUAACUACAGUUGAUACUCUUCCCUGUGCCAACAGAUAGCUCAUGUGCAGUAGACUUUUUGAUCACACCCUGAAUCUUGUUGCCAGCCAUGUGUGUACACAUUUUAAACCCUACAUUUUAACCCCUUAUCCUCUAUUGGUGACAGCUGUUAUAAGCAAUCGCUUUCUUUGUAUUUCAUUAUUCUACUAUAUUUCCUUACCCUAACUUAUGCAUGUACUGUCAACUGUUCAAUGGACAACCAAUCACAGGGGAACACCCCAAGAGAUUCAAGUUAAGUGUCCAUCACUGAAGUGACCAAAAGAGACAAAAAGACCAAGACAUAUACUUUUUUCUUGAGUGCUUGAUUUAUCACACCCCUCAGCUUUUUUAAUCCAAACCUCAGAAAGGAAAAUUUUGUCCUUUUUUUGCACAACAUUCAAAGAAAAAUAAUCUCUAUAAUUUAUUUGCAAAGAAUUUUCCAAACAUCUUUUCUUGUCCAUUACAUUUACCUACAAGAAUAAUUCUUUUAAGUCAUAGGUCACCUUUUUUUGUAUACAGCAUGCAUACAAAUACAUGCAUAUUACAAUCAGAAAUGAUUCUUGGGUGAAGUUGGAUUGUAUAGGAAGAAUUACCAAGUUACAGGUUCUUUUAUCUGCCCAACCCAAAAACUUAAUCAGAUUCAUGUAGCACACUUACCCUUUUGUUUCUUCUGAGAGGAAAAAACAAAACACUUGUAGUUUCAAAACAAUUUCAUCCAUAAGAAAAAGGAAAUUGUCAGACAACAAAGAAACAAAUCCAAAAACCUUGGGCUUAAAAUUGAUCAGCAGUACUUUUGAGUUAUUUUAAAAAUGACUCAAAACCCUUGUUUGAGAUAUUUUUUCUUCACUUUUUAUGAUUGUUAUUUCAGAAUAUUGACCUUAAAGCCAGUCUACAGAUGUUAAUUAUUGAUGAAGCUGACCUUGUGUUCUCGUAUGGCUAUGAACAUGAUCUCAAAUCUCUACUGAGGUAAUUGUUACAAGCCAUGUUCACUAUAUUGAAAAGUAGAACUCCACUAACUUUACCAUGCUUAGAUGAAAAUAAUGGUAUUAAUGUGUUGAUUGAAACUUGAUGUCUUUGCAGCCAUUUUCCAAAGAUUUAUCAAUCAUUCUUAAUGUCUGCAACUUUAAGUGAGGUGUGUAUUGUGGGUCUGUUUAUUACUUGUUAGAAUAACCUAAAAGGAUUUUCUCUUUAGAUUUAUUAGUAAUAAAGUAGAGUAAAGUAAGAUGGGGAUGCAUGUAUUCUCCUUCUGAGUAGAUAAAAUAUGGAAAAAAUAGUUGGAUUAUACAAAAAUAUGCUAAGCUGGAUUAAAAUUACAGAAUGUAUAGCUAUAAUGAUAUUGGCACUUUUUACUAAUUACCAGAUUGUUAUAGAAAAUAUUUACCAGAGCAAAUGACAUUGAAUACCGUUCAUGCACUGGGACUCAGAUAGCUGAAUGAAUAACAAUUAUUUAUAAUUUAUUAUGGCACUGAAAUGUCAAGUGCCAUAGAGAGUAAGAAACUAUCAUUACAAUGUUUCCCACUGUGAUAAGUAUUUUAAAAUUUAUCUCUAUCAGGAUGUUACUGCAUUGAAGAAGCUUGUCCUUCACAAUCCAGUAAGUGUGCUUACUAUUUCUUAGUUUUUUUUUGUUGCUGUUUAUCUAGAGCAGAAUGUAAAUUCAAUGUAAAAAAAAAAAAAAAACUUGCCAACACUGGGACAGCUUAAGCCUGGAACUCAGGAAUUCCAGAUCAAAAGAAUCUUUUAAAGAAUAUCUAUGGGAAAAACUUUUUUGAUAUGCCACAGAAAUUACAACAUUUUGUAGUUUAAUAUUCAAUUUAUCAUUAGCUUUUAAUUCUUGUUUUACACCUCAUAUUCCUAUUAUCCUAUUUUAUCAUAAUUUUAGACAUUUUUAAAGUUUGAUACUCAGACAUAUAUUGACAUUUUGUAGUUUCAUUUUCAAUUCAUCUAGCUCGUAAUUUUUUGUGUACACUCUGUACAUGUAAUAUCUUAUUUCUGUUAUGAUUUUAGAUAGAUGGCCACAAUUUUUUCAGUUAUUUUAACUAUUCAGUGCCACCCUCUUUAGAUAAAGUGUAUUAUAAUUAUAGUUACUAUAAUUAUUAUUAUUAUUAUUAUUAUUAUUAUUAUUAUUAUUAUACAGCUGAAGACAAAGGUGCUUGCCAAUAUCUUUUAGAGGUCUUGAGCUUUAGUGAACCUCGUGUGUAUUUCACGUGUAACCUCUAAUCAGCCAUUGCAUUUAUGCAAGUUCGUUGUGUCAUUACAAAUUUUUGUACUCUUUUAAAUGUGUCUGACAGGUCAUUCUCAAGCUUCAAGAGUCGCAACUUCCGUCAGAUGACAAACUUACCCAGUAUUUUAUAAAGUAUGUUCAAUCUAGCAACAAACAACACAAUACAGUCAUGUAACUGUACAAAAUGUAAUCAGAUAAUGCAGAGACAAUUUUUUUAAAUAUGUAAAGAGGAAAGAGGAGCUAAUUUUUUUCUGCACUGAAGGUGCAAAGCAUGAAAGAGAAGCAAAGUUCCUCUCUUGCAAUUUCCCAGAGACACCUUUGAAAGGUUCACAUUUAUCAUUGUUAGCAUAUUACAAUACAUGAACAGUUGGCUUGUGGUACACUUUGUUGACAAGCUUUUUGUACAUGUAGUUGGUUCAUUUAGAUGGUCAAUGAUAAACUAAUAAAUUUUAUCCUCAACUGACCUUUCAAGCACAAGCCCUUUAUCUUAAUAAAGUAGGGGGAUUGUAGGUUGUGUGUGUUUUUGAUUGAAUUUUUUUUUCAUUUUUUGUUUUGUUUUUCUUAUUUUCAGAUGUGAAAUGGAGGAAAAGUUCCUCUUGAUAUAUACCCUGCUCAAAUUAAGGUAGAAUUACCUGGUGUGUGGUUGAGUUUUUGCUUUUUUCAGGAUCCUUGAGUAGUUUUUGUACAGAAGGAAUUUUUAGGCCAGUAAUUUGUGAUUGGCUUUUUUUUUUGAUAGGCUUGUUCAAGGGAAGACAAUUCUGUUUGUUAAUGGCAUUGAUAGAUGUUACAGGUAAAUUAUGCAUGGAACAUCUUUUUCACUACAUACUCAUGAAACUGAAAGUUUGUUUGCCUUUUAACAUGUAAAGAAAUGUAUCACAGACAUGAUUUUAUUAGUAGUAACUUAUUAAGUGGUGUACAUGUAUGCUGACAGCACUCUUGUUUUGCAGACUUAAACUAUUUCUUGAACAGUUUUCAAUCAAAGCCUGUGUUUUAAAUUCUGAAUUACCUCAUAAUUCAAGGUAAAUAUGGUAAUGUAUAUGUUGUUAUUAGAGGUGUAUUCCACCACUCCAGCUUCAAGUGUAACAUAUUGCUGCUCAAUCCUACUAGAUACCCACAGAGAAACAAUUGAAGUUAAACAAAACAUGAUUAACAACAGUAACCCCAGCUCUCAAGUGGGACACCCACAGGGUUUUUUGCAAUUGCAAUGUGGUGUUUUAGUCAAGACUACCAACAAGUUAAUCCCGUUUUUGCCCUAGUGGAAUUCAAUUUUGGGCAUACUGACCUUUGGCCACAAUACCUUCUUUUGUUAUCCUUUGACCCCUAGAGUGACUGGCUUCUAAUAUCUCUCAACAGUAUCACCCUUGAAUGAAAUGUAAAGGUUGUUAGAAUAAAGGAAAUAAUCACCAAUGUUAUAAGCUCUUGAUUGUCAAAAAAGUUCUCAUCGUCAGUGUCAUAGGAAAUGUAAAGCGAAAUGUGUGGAGAACAUGAAUUUUAGUGUUUGGGUCUGAAGGGUCAAACCCCUGGAUUUGCUUUGUAAUCCUCCCUUAUGGCUACUGAGUGUUUUCUUGUGUAUUUUCUUUAUCAAGACAACAACCUCCAGCUGAUCAGUUUGUCUACUCUCAGUACUUCUUUUCUGAAUGAUGUAUUGGAAUUGUAAGGAGAAUGUUCAUGCCAAUCACUCCUGGGAGUUAAAAAGAUAAAUUGUCUAUUGGGGUAACACAUCAAAAUUUAUAGCAAACAGUAUACUCUGUCAAAAAACAAAAUACACAAGUACAUGUAAUGACUCUAAAUCAGAGAUUGGUGUGGUAACCACCUGAUUAAUUAUCAGAUAUUUACAUGUAAGUAUAUUCUUGUUGAGCAAAGCGUACCAAAAAUAUUUUUGACAAGGCACAUGGACAGAGCAAACUUAGAAUUUAACAAAUGCACUUGUAUGUUGUCUCAUUCAGAUUACAUAUAGUAGAGGAGUUCAACAGAGACAUUUAUGACUACAUCAUUGCAUCUGACGAAAGUGUGUUUGAUGCUGUUGCUACACCAUCUGGUAUCCUUUUUAGAGAUUAAGUGCAACAAAACUCAUAUCAAUGUAAUAAGAUGAUGAGCUAAUCUUAUUUCCUUAAAAUCUAAAUCUGCAUUGAUUUAAAACUUUCCAUGAGAGAAAUUUACUCUAUGUGUGUGUUUGUUUUUUUUUGUUUUGCAAUCCACAAUCCAAAUUUUUCAAUAGACUUAUUGUGUUAUUGUAGACUUCGGGCAAAAAUGAUCAUGUGAAUUUCAGUAAUUUUCAUAUUGACCAGUCUGCUCAACGCAAAGCAAACAUUUGCAGUGCAGAAGUUUUUAGGUGUAAUUGGCUGGUGUGUGUAAGGCUACUGUUACUCCCAGUCUUGGGAACUGGUUUUCAUACUUCAGCUGAUGUUAAAAAAAUGUUGCCUCAAGUGUUCAAGAUUUGUUUCCUUUGACUUUGAAAUCAUGUGAACAGCAAAUGUUAAGAAAAAGAAGUGAGUAUACUGAUGUGAUUCUUUGUCAAAGUUUUUAUCUCUUUGUUUUAGGAACAUUGAAUACUUUUGAUUCUUUUUCACAGAUUUUCUUUUGCUUUUAAGCUUUACAAAAAUUUAAGAUGUACUUGAAAUGUGGAAUGAAACAUUUUUACAUGUUCUACAUUUUGUGCAUACUAGACACUGUUCAAAUCAAUCCAGUUAAAGACUAAAUUUUGACUAUUUCAGAGUUUGUUGGGAUAUACUAAUGUUUCCCUUAAGAUUUUAUCAAAACGUAUGUCAAUCUCAUCAAUAUGCUGGCAGUGCAAAGCCACCUUUUUUUUCCUCAUUCUUUUGAGAGAAAUUUUGAUUACUGCAUUUGAAUUAUUUUUCUUGAUUUUCUAAGUUUUACUUGGCCUUUUGAAAACCCUGACUGGUUAUGUAGGAAAAUUCAAGUUGAUUGGUAUAAAUCAAACUUUCAAAUUUGUAUCCAGUGACUGAAAUCUGUCUCUGCGCAUAUUUUGUUCCUUCAGAAGAAAGAAGGACAAAGAGUAUGGCGUGUCUCGAGGAGUGGAUUUUCAAGGUUUGUAUUCAGAAUAAAAGACUAAGACACAAAUCUGAGCUCCCCCUGAAGAGAAACUUGGGAAGACGUAGCACAUUGGGAUCCUGAUUUGUGAUUGUCUUGUGUUCAAGGGCAAAUGCACAUACACUUAAAUUACAUCUGAACUGUCAGGGAAACUAUAAAUGGAUUGCUAGAGAUAACCUUCUCUGGACUGGCAUCCCAUCCAAAGAGGAUAGCUUUACCCCUUGUCUAGGGAACUAGGAUAAACUCCAGCAACUAGGGACACUUGGCCUGAGUGAUGACUUACUUUAACUUGAAUAGAAACAGUGAGUGAUGUGCAAUCACUGAGGGUUAGCACACUGGACUAACCAUAUCCGCUGGAUAGCGAUUUAUCCGUUGGAUAGCGUUAUCCAUCCUUUUUACUACUAGGUCUAGGAGUAUAAAUGGCUGCUACAAAGACAAUUUGGUAAACAUGACACAUCACUCGGAGUAGUUUACCCACAGUGGACUAGCAUCCCUUCCUGGAUGUCAAAUGAGAAACUUUAGCCCGUUAAUUUUGCUCAUGCUUUUUAAGAUUUGCUUAGUCAAGGAAAAAUCCCAUAGCUAAAAGUUGUCUUUUUACUUUGUUAAUCAUCUUGUCUGCCUCACAGUGUAUUACUGGAGUUAUUUAAUGGACAUGAAAUAUUAAGCAGGUGGAACUCAGGUCACUAACCUUCUUUCUGGUUGUUUUUGGGUUUCUAGGAGUUGAAAAUGUGAUAAAUUUUGACUUCCCAACAGCUGUUGAUGCCUACAUUCACAGAGUAGGAAGGUAAAAGUUUCAUUUCAUCUCUGGACAAAUUCUUUCUCUUUGUGCAGGUCGCCUCCAUUUUGGGAGGACCUGACAGGGAGCUGUUCGUUUCAGUCACUUAUGGAGAAGCUUGACUAGUUAGUUGGCAUUCUUCAACCCUCCCUGAAUUUCCAAAUUAGCUCCUGUUAACAAUCUUGACGAAGAAUAUGGCACACUGACAGUGUAUUUGUUUCUUUAUGCUUCCUUGUUUUAAGGUACGAAAUUGCAUUUAACCUCCAGGGCCCUAACCACUAUCUCUUUACUACUCUACGCGGUUGGUACGCAAAAAGCAAUUAAAUCUAAACCGGCAGAUACUUUGUUCUGAGUCGCGUAACAUUGGGCGUGUCAACGAACCUUCACUCAUUUUCUACGACGCCUGUUCAAAGUUAGGCCAAUAACAGCAAAAUAAUGGCGAGUUACAAUCAGUUAAAUUUACCCCUAGCAACGGUCUGAAAUGAUAAUGGUAAGGGCCCUUAAAAGGCAAAGUAAAAUUGAAGUGUCACUGGCAAAGCUUACUGCACUUGAACUUUGUAAAAUGUGCUCAUUUGACUUGGGAAGAAUUGAUUUCUGUUUUGCUCCAUUGAUGUAGGAAACAUUCGUUGUCUUUUAAUCAAGGCGUUAUUGUCUCCACUUUGUAGGACGGCCCGUGGUGACAAUGACGGUACUGCGUUGUCCUUUGUGACAGCCAAUGAUUAUAAAAUGCUGAAAAAGGCCGAAGAGGAACUUACGAAGGAGUUUAUAGGUACAAACAUCCAGUGUAUGCUUGACGUGACGUUAAGACGCAAAGUCUAUGUAAGUGACAUAAUUGAAGACAUUGUAAUGGUCAGGUAGAGAUGUUAAUAAUUGUUAAUAAUUUUGGAUGUUCUAGGAGAGAAAAAAGAAAUUUUUAAACCUUAUCAGUUUAAAAUGGAGGAGAUCGAGGGGUUCAGGUAUCGUGCACAGGUAAGUGCAGUUUCUUGUAGCAGGAUGCUGCCUUGGUUUAGGAGCCAAUUGCAACAGUGUGUUUGGUGACGUAGGAAAUGAUAACAAUUCUGUUAAGUCAACUUGUUUUCCAACGCACGAUAAUCUAUAAUAGAAUUUCAGCUCACUUCUUGGCCAUGCAAAGGGCUACCAGCAGGGAGGGUCCUCUGGAUCCACAUGCGCCUUAAGUAGCUCGAUACCGUAAUCAUCUGUAUCGACAAACUUCCGAAGAAGAAUGUGUCGCUGUAUCAUUCCCUUGUCGUUUAAAUUGUUUUCUUUCAAAUUUUUGUCGCAAAAAUUUCAUAUUUGCUCUUUUAUCCUCAUCAGGACGCACUGAGGGCAGUCACAAAAUCAGCAGGUUAGUACAGUUGCAUGCUUGCAAAAUAAACUUUAUUAGCAAUCAUCUCUUUUUUUAGAAAUUAAUCUCAACUUCGACGUUUGUUUGGAUGCGAGGAUAUAGGUGUAAUUUUAUCAUAAGUUAGUUAGGGUACUAGUAGGAACCCAAAAAAAUUACUUGGGGGGGGGGGGGAAUCAGUGUUGGAGAGAAUCUGCAAGGUUAAAAAACAAAAAAGGAUGGAAAAUAUUUUAUUGAGCUCUGUUCCGUAUUUAACUAAACUCAAUUGUAAUCCAUUUUCUUCUUCACAUGUUUCUAAUUUCACGAGAUUUGACUUUUACUUACCUUUCAGUUAAAGAAGCGCGUCUCAAAGAAAUCAAAUCCGAGAUACUGAAUUCUGAAAAACUGAAGGUAAGAAUCCGUUCUAUCUCCUAGAAAAACGCUUUUCUUUACCAUACUGCCAAGGAUGGUUAAUUUGUUAUUUAUUUGUUGUUUAUUGAUACAACGAAAACGCGACUCAAAUGUUGCUUCUGAGACCUCUAAGACCUAUAAACCAUCUGUUUAGCCUGCCUGCUUGCUCUCGUGAUUGGGUUUCGUGUACAGCCACCUACUACACCGAUGACAUCCGCUUCUAGAAAAAAAUUAUUGAAAUCUCUGUGUUAAUAGCGCCUAGAGGAAAACUUACUGGCUAAUGCAUAUCUCCUCGCAGUGAAAGAGAUCUUAUAAGGUAAUCUUAUGGCCAUUUAAAAUUUGAUUUCUUUAUGAAAUACUUUCGUCCAAUCUUUUUUCAAGGCAUAUUUCGAAGAAAAUCCCAGAGAUCUUCAAGUGCUCAGACAUGACAAAGAUCUACAUCCCACAAGAAUUCAACCUCAUUUGAAAAACGUUCCCGAAUACCUCGGUAAGUUGUCGACUGCCGCUAGUUGAGUCAUUGUGCGCUAGUAAUUCAGUUCUCUGAGUUCUAUAUUCUUAAUUGCAGUUCCUCCCACUCUGCGGCCGUCCAUGGCCAAAUCUUCCCGAAAGAGAAGACGUCCUUUCAUAUCAUCACAAAAAAAUGCUCACACCGCACACAACAAGGUCAGUUUACUUUCUAUAUUCUGUACUUCGCUAUAGCUUUUCCCUCAAUGGACAUUUCACAGUUUAAAGUUGUAGUCGAUUGCAGAUGGAUUGUUUCAAUUUAAGCGAAAUAGGUUAUAUUCACUUGUAAACAGUUUCGAAAGCUUUUCAGCACCGUACGUUUUUAGCCUAUCAGCCCUUUACACCCUAACACCAGCAUUCACAUUCUCCAUACUGUUCAUACAUACAUUCAUUUUCUGAGGUACUGACAAGGAGAAUUUUUCCAACAAUCAGGGCUUCUGUAGUUGGUGAUCAUUUCAUUUAUUCUCAUGACCUUUAUUUGUAUUUCAGGGACGAUAUUAUAAGGAGAAGCUAGAUGCUAGACACUCAUAGGGGUUGAAGGUUUACUAGAACGUGACAUCUGACUGAACGUAAUGCUUGUCACCAGUUAACCCUUUUGCCCCUAAGAGUGACAAACAUCCAAUUUCCUCUUACAAUAUCACCCCGGAAUCACACAGUAAGGUCAUGAAAAAAAAAAAGGAAGUGAUCACCAACGUUAGACUCUUGAUUGUCGAACUAAUUCUCCUUGUCAGCACCUCAGGAAAUGUAAAGAGAACAGAAUGGAGAAUAUGCAUAUCGAUGUUAGAGUGUAAAGGGUUAAGCCAUGGAGAUUCAGUAGCCUCAAGGAAAUAAGAGGAUUUGUUACUCUUGUGAGAAGAGUUAGAUAAUAACUCUAAGGUAGAUUGGUGAUCAUGCGUUUAUCGUGUUUUGUCUAAUGUGCCCUAUUGUUAUUUUUUUUUCUUUAGAAGAGAAAGGUGGAUCCUUUGAAGAGUUUUAAAUAUCAGAGACAUCAAUCAAACGGAAAUAAGGUAUGUAUAUCCUUGUUCAGGAUAAUAAAUAUAAUAAAUUCUCCUUAUUGCCAUUGUUUCUCUUGUUGUUCUCACCCUAUGCUGGAAGCAGUGAUUUAAAAGCAUGGGUUAUACAAUUUCUAAACGUGGCUAUGUAAAAGAACUGUCUCUUUAGAUGGAAAUUUUAUAGUGUUAGAGAUGCACAUACAUGGUUGAUUUGACGCCUGGUGCAGUUCAUAUGCCUUACCACUGAAUGAAAACAUUGCGCAGUUGCGCACUGCGUGCGGCAUGGGUAUCCUAGCAAUUUGUAGUACGCUUAUCGUACGAAUCCAGCUUUAUAGUUAAGCUAACACGAAGCAGAGUAUUCGAUUUAAUGAUCGAAAGGUAGUAGGUUUGUCCCUUAUUAGUUAAGCUAACACGAGUCUUCGUGGGAUAAGAUGCAGAGUAUUCGAAUUACUGUUCGAAAGGUCAUGGGUUUGUCUCUUACUUGGAGCACCUGGAAUUUCUCUGUGGGAGUAUGCAGCUCAUGUCACUCAAUAAGAAAUGUUCGUACCCUAAUAAGUACAUCCCGUCUGUUCCUUUUUUGAACAAAUCCCCCCUGAAUAUCAGAGCAAGGCAUUUCAACAAGGUCUUUUCGCAUUUUCAGGGACACGGCAAGGGUAAGAGAGGAUAGGCAGUCAUCGCUGGACCUCUUCUUUACUUAGAGAGUUGAUUCCCAUGAAGCCCGGGUAGAUUGUUGUUAGCUCCUCGUGGAUCACAGCGCUCAAACAAAGGACAAGUUUGACUAAAAUCAAUGAAAUUCUGCCGUGAGUGGUGAGGUGUAGCUGGCCUGAGUUUACAGCAUAUCCGAGAUUUAUUGAGAGAAAGAAAUAGCCAUGGAGUACAAAAUAAUGGGGCUGUCGUCUUCCACAAUAUUAACAACAAACUGAUACAGUUUUGAGGAAAUGCGUCGUCUUGGAAGUCUGCCUGUGUGUGCAGAUUUGUCCUUAUGCCUGGCAAGAUACAAUUUUUUUGCAACACAAAUCAAUUUAUUCGUGUGGGAACAGAAGUAUUGAUACAGAAAGAGUCUUGUCGGAGACUUGCCUUUGGGCGAUCAACUCCGACUAUACUUCCUUAAUAUGAGAGCGUUUUACUAAUAAUGGAAAAAAAAACUGGAACAUUUUUGAGGACUUCCUAUCGCGAACUAUUGCUGUCUUAUUACUGAGCAGUGUUUCGUGGAAGUGUGCAACCAGAACAUGCUGUC